CUCAAUGUACAUACAGUACCUGAGACUUGGACCCCUCUCUAUUUCAACUUUAUCCUUUGCAUCAUCAACCUCUCUCACAUUUACAUUUCCCUCUCGAUACUAAACAACUUUCAAUACAAACAUAUUUUCCAUCCCCUCAAGCCACAUCGCAAUCAUGGAUAAGCUCAUCAACGCCGCUAAGGAUUAUCUUGACGACGACAAGGACAAGCGUCAGGAACACCAGCAGCAAGGGCAUGGACAGCAGCAGGGCUAUGGCCAGCAGCAAGGUUACGGACAACAAGAGAGCCAGUACGGCCAGCAACAGCAGUACCCUCCUGCCGGUGGCAUCCAGUCUCAGGGUGGCGGUGGCUUUUCCAGCUUCCUUGGUGGAAACGUCGACUUUGACAACGCCAAGGAGGAAGCCCAUCAGAAAGCCGGAUCUUCUGGUGACAAGGAUCUCUUUGGAAGCAUUCUAGGAUCUCUCGGACAGAAGCAGAACAAGCUUGCUGAUGAGGACCUCGAUGAGGAAGAUGCCAUCAAGCAGCACAAGAACACCUACAACAACGACGACUCCCAGCAAGACAGCAAGAGUCUGGGUACCGCUGCUGCUAUGCAAGCUCUCAAGAUGUUCACCCAGGGCCAGGGCCAGAGCAGCACUGGUGCCAACAGUCAGACUGCGUUUUUGGGACUUGCCUUGGCCGAGGCUAGUAAGCUCUUUGACAACAAGGCCGCAUCAGGCAAGGUAUCCGAGGGCACGAGCAAGGAGAGCGUCAUCCAGCAGGCUGGUGAAGUCGCUUUCAAGAUGUACCUCAAGAACCAGGCCGGUGCUGGUGGACAGCAGGGUGGCGCUUCCGGUCUUAUGGGUCUUGCUUCUAAGUUCCUGGCUAAAUAAGCCCAAUAGUUGCUUCGACAUGUAGUCACAAGAGGGGGCUAAGUAACACCCUUGAUCACCACAUGCUAAACAACGAUUGAAAGAUUCCAAAUUCCAUUUUCAUUUUUGCG